GGUCACUCUAAUCAAAACAAUAAAAAAAAACAGGGGUUUUUGUGUACGAAAAUCUAAAUACUUUCUGUGCGCUCCAAAAAUGGCCUUGGAGUCCGGCAGCAGCAGCUCGGAGUCGGGCAGCUCCUCCACCAGCGGAUCCUCAAGCGGUUCGGAGACGGGCAGCAGUUCGGACACGGAUUCCAGCAGUGCGACGCCCGAGGAGAAGCCAUCCACGAAUUCCUCCGCCAAAUCUCAGACGCAAACGCAGCAACAAACGAAUGCGGGGAAUGCACUGAGAAGAAAGCCUGCUCCUCCGGCGGCGGAGGAGAAAAGCAAGGGCCCAGCAGCAUCUUCCAGCAAAAAACCGGUGAAUCCCCCGAAAAGUCGCCUCUCUAGUGACGACGAUGAGGAGGUGAACACCGCGCCGCCGGCCAAGAAGAACGCCCGCUCCCUAGGCAGUUCCACUGUAACAGCGGCAGCUGCUGCCUCGUCGGCCAGAAGGAAACCCCCUUCAACGGGCAACAAGCCCAGCAGCAAUCCAGCCAACAAGCCCGGCAACAAUCCAGCCAACAAACCCGGCAAUCCUCCCCAGCGACCGGCAAACAACACAAACAGAUCCCUGGAAAACGGCGAGGGAAAGCGACCCUCGCUCUCCUCCUCGUCGAACAGCACGGAUGACUCGAUGAAGAUUGUCAAAAACGGCCGCAAGGUUCCCCUGAAAAUGGCCAGCACGGUGAGGCCGAAACAAAUCAGGGGAAAACUGCCACCGGCCAAGAAAAACGGCGGAGGACCGGCGAUCAGUAGUGACGGCAGUUCGGGAUCCGAAAGUGGCUCCAACUCGGGCGACGAAUCCAGUUCCGGGAGCGAUUCGGAGGGCAGCGAUUCCAGCAACUCCUACAGCUCGCAGCAAGUCAAGGGAGGAGCAAAAGGCAAAAGAAGCGGACCAAGUAAAAUCCAAAACUCCGACAGCGAAGAGGAGCGAAAAGACAAGGCGAAUCCCAUGAGGAAACUCACUCGAUCGCUCAGCAUGCGAAGAACCAAACAGCAGCCCAAGCAGGACACCGAUUCCGAAUCCGACGGAGACCUAGAAGAUGACAAACUUCUGGUAUCCAAAAGUCCCGCCAAAAAGCCAGCACCCUCGAAUUUGAACGCCAGCAAAAGCAAGGUGAAAAGGGAGUCUAUAGGAAUUAGCAGUGGCGUCCUGAGCUCCAUUAAAUCCCGCCCCGUGUCACCGAUAACGCAGACGGAGAAAAAGUGCCCCAUCGAGGGCUGCGAUUCAUCCGGACACCUGAGUGGCAAUUUGGACAAGCACUUCCUGCCGGAGGCCUGUCCCAUUUACCACAACAUGUCCGCCUCCGAGUGCAAAGAGCGGGCUAAUGAGAGGAAACUGAGGAAUGAGCAGCGCCUAAAGAUGCCCGUCAACAUAGUCACGGCCCCCGGUAAUCAGCACACCAAUCUCAAGACGCUCUCGCCUGAGCAGCGCGAAUUUCUGGCCAAAAUUCGCGAAUCCAGAGCUAACUUUAGGCCGGCCAAUAACAAUUUUCUGGACUCGAAGGUUAAGCUGGAAAAAGACGUCACGGAUGAGGACCGAGAACCAAAUCUGACUGGCCUGGUGCCCGACUACGAUCUGCAAUUGUUCCGGGAAGCUCAAGCUCAGGCCUCCGAAAGGAUAGAAGACGAACUGAAGGAUCUGCCUGUGGGAAAGGGAAUAAAAUACAUCAGCAUGGGCAAAUACAAGAUGAAGGUAUGGUACCAAUCUCCGUAUCCCGACGACGCCGCCCGCCUACCCAAAAUGUAUAUCUGCGAGUUCUGCCUGCGCUACCAAAAAUCAGAGACUGGCAUUAAGCGGCACGCUGAAAAGUGCGUCUGGCGGCAUCCGCCGGGCGAUGAGAUAUACCGCAAGGGAAAGCUGCAGGUGUGGCAAGUGGACGGAAAGCGUUACAAGCAAUACUGUCAACAUCUGUGUCUGCUGGCUAAGUUCUUCCUGGAUCACAAAACCCUCUACUACGAUGUGGAGCCCUUCCUGUUCUACAUUAUGACGCUGGCCGAUGUGGACGGAUGUCACAUAGUCGGUUAUUUUAGCAAGCAUAUUCCUUUCCUGCAGGAGAAGAAUUCCUUUUACAAUGUUUCCUGUAUUUUAACAUUGCCGCCAUAUCAGAGGAAAGGUUACGGGAGAUUACUCAUCGAUUUCAGCUAUCUGUUGACCCGCGUGGAGGGAAAAAUUGGAUCGCCGGAGAAACCUUUAUCCGAUCUCGGCCUCAUUUCGUACCGCUCGUACUGGAAGGACGUACUUUUGGACUACCUGUGCAAUCGCUCUGGAAAUACGAUCGCUAUCAAGGAUGUAUCGCAGGAAACGGCGAUUUACUCAUAUGACAUUGUGAGCACCCUUCAGGCUCUGGGCAUGAUGAAGUACUGGAAGGGCAAGCACAUAGUCCUCAAGAAGCAGGACGUUCUGGACGAGUACGAGGAGAGGGUGAAGCGAAGAGGAAGCUUCCCCAAGAUCGACGACUCCUGCUUAAGAUGGCAGCCUUUUAUCAAUAUCCAACCGAGUGCAUCUCCAUAACCACGUGGUUGGAAGCAUGCCAGAGCAUGCUUUGCGGACGCCGAUGACGAUGUCGAAUCCUUGGCCCCGAAUUCCUGAUUUCAGAGAUUUUAUUUUUGGGUGGACUUCUAAUAACCAAAUCUCCAAUCCUCGUCAAUCUUGGUAGCCUCUUGUAAUUUGGUGUGCUGAUCAAGAAGAUCAGAUAUUAACUUUUUGAAAUGAUUAUUGUUUGCAUUUAUCUCAGCCGAUAUAUGCCUUAAUGUAGAAUAAUUAUUGUAAAAAUAUUUCUUAAACCAAGAUGCAUGAGAAUAUCAAGAUUUUCCACGAUUAGACGAUGGUGUUUUUUAGAAGCUUUUAUCUCAACUUUUUUAAUAUUCGUUAGUAGAUCUUAAGGCCAGCCUAUAGUAUUUGUACGUGUCUGUGUCUGUACUUGUUGGUAGUUAAGAAUUUUAGUAAUUAGCAACCUAAGCUACAUAGUGAAAUUCUCAAAAGAAAAAAAGAAUAAAAAGAUAAGAAAAAUA